CGUCACUUCCGGUUACAUUUUGACAGCAAAACACUGCACAUUUUAGCUAAACGAAACUCUGAUCCUCGUUAUAUGUUAAUUUUAAGACGUUUUGUGUUMUAUGCUCCGCAUUUAUUAGUCAAUUUUACUUGUGUGGCGGAAUUGACAGUGUUCAYAAAGAGAUCAGUCUUCUGCUUCUAGCAAAAGAUGAAAGUUCCUAGUGGUGAAAAUGAGGUGGUGGAGGAAGCCAGUAGCAGUUCAACAUCAGUAGACAACUCCAACAACGAGGAGAUUCCUCCUUAUCUACGUGAAGAACCUCCUGAAGACAGAGAGAAGGACCACCCUAAGACCGAGGCGGGGGUAAUCUGGAGGGUGACCGGCGGUCUCUUCAACAUGACCAGAGGGGCGGUCGGAGCGACAUGGGGAGGCGUGGCCUGGGUGGGCUGUAAGAGCUAUGACAUCACCAAGACGGUGGUGACCAGCGUGCCGGCCGCCGGCGUGGGAUUGGUCAAGGGCAGCGUUUCCAUGGUGACGGGAGGAGUGGGGGCGGUAGGGUAUGCUGUAGCCAGUAAAGUUACACCAAAGAAAAAGGACAAGUCUGAUUAGACCUAGACCCAACUACCACCCCAUUGCUACAGUAUAGUUUAUAAAUGUCUCCCUGUCUCUCUGCUGUGUUUAGGUUCCAUCUGGUUACUAUGGGGAACCAUUCAGAGUUGAAAAAGGCACAAGUAACUCGGAUUUCCGUGUAAAUCAUUCGUUGACGUCAUUGGGCGAUUUGCACGGAAAUCUGAGGUAAGGUUGCGGAUCUCAAGUCAGAAUACUGCCCUAAGGAAGCAUUACAGAGGGGGAUUAUGGGAACGUUGAUUUGUUAGGAUAUAGGAAUUGACCAGAAUGUGGAACUUACUGCCGAGGUACUCUUGAGAGGGAUCUCAUGUCUUUUUGAUUGAUCUGGGUCUGGGUGGGGAAGGGCAUGAUAAUAUGAAGACAAUCCACAACAAUUUGGUAGCGAUUCAGCAAGGGCACAUCUUCUCAUUUCUCAAAGGCUUGAGAUUAUUUAAAUUCUUCCAGUUUUACUAUGAAAAGGUAUCUUUACAUUGACAAGUAUUAAAACUAAGUGAAAGGUACUUUACACAACUUAAUUUCAUCAGUUUGACAUCAGUGAUUGGGGAAUACACACCAAACAAUGUGUGUAUGUGAAUAUGCUACAAUAGUCAUUUACAACAUUAACCAUGUCUACACUGUAUUUCUGAACAAUUUGA